AUGGCGUCCACGUUCGUGCCGACCCCGAGCCUCUCGGCGGGCGAGCCCAGCCCCAGCAGCAGCAACGGCGGCGGAGAGGCGCGCGCCGCGCCGCUCUCCUCGGCCUCGCGCUUCGCGCAGCGCCGCCUGCGUGUCGUCACGGAGCCCAAACACAGCAACAAGAUGCACCGCACGCGCACGCUGUCGGAGCUGAUCCUGCUGUCGCCGCGCAGCAGCCCGCGCAUCACGCCUCGCCACAAGCGCUUCGACAUGGACAUAGAGGUGUCCAGCUUUUUCGCGGAGGGCGAGGGUCUCGUGGACCUCAUGGGCAGCAGCCGCAACGGCCUGCGAAGACUCAGCGAGCGGCACUCGACGGGCUUCUCGGCCAUCAACGAGAACGUCGCGACCAACGGCAACAGCAGCAGCAGAAACAGAUUUUUCCCGAAUAACGACGAGGACGAGGCAGCAGACAACCAGCACGAGGAGAUGGACGUGGACGAGGAGCAGCCCGAGCCGGAGGCCGAGGCUGAGCCCGAUGCUGAGCCGCAGGAGACACAGCGCAGUGUGGGUGAAGUCGUUGACAUGCUCUUUGAGAUCCACUCGGCGUUGAAAAGCCGACACCUGGGACAGAGAACCGCAGCCUCGGCGCUUGCUGCGAGUAACCUGGUCAGCACGCAGGCGUACCCUGCGCCUGAGCCGAUCCCCAGAGACGAGCAGCUGGAGGCGCUGGAGAACACGCGCAAGAUGCUCGAGUGCGCCAUCUGCCAGGAGGUUUUUACCAAUGCAACGGAAGCCACGUGCUGUGGACAAAUUUUCUGCAAGGAGUGCAUUGAGCGGUGGGUGAGCGAGCGUGGAUCCUGCCCCAUGUGCAGAGAGGCGAUUGGCUUCUCGCUGCUUGCGGCGUCGCGUCACGCGCAGCGCAUGGCUAACGAGAUGAAGGUCAACUGCCCGUACUGCUCCGAGACAAUGAAGAAGGCGGGCCUAGCAGACCACGUCAGCGCAUGUGACCAGGCACCGGUUGAGCCGCCUCCACCGGCGGAUGUCGCGCUGCGUCAGCUGCUGAUUCGCACUGCACGAAUGAACAGCACCUUCCUUGCUCGCUUCCUGACCGCACCGUCCCCGCCUCAGGCGCUGAUGAUGCAGUGCUACAUCCGCACUCGCGGUGGAGGCAACUACGAGUUGUACACACAGGACACGGACACGCUUCUGUGCACGGCUGUUCGCCGUCGCCAGUACGACAUGUCGGUGAGCUUCAUCAUCUCGCUCGCGACGAACCUGGACGCCUCCAACCAAGCGGACGAGGAUGGAGCCAUUCCGAUUAACACCCCUGUGCCGGUUGCACGACUAGACAAGAACUACAUGGGAUCGCAGUACACGAUGUACGACACGACCGGCGAGGUGCCCACCGAGCUGGGUGCGGUGCAGUAUGCUGCCACGUUCGGAAAAUCCCCGCGGCAAAUGCGUGUUGCGCUUCCUCUCGUUGCGCCUGUGCCUGAUGUCGACAGUGCCGUUGACGGUGCUCCGUCGUGGCAGGUGCAGCCAUGGAGACCAGAGACCAAGGAGGACACGAUUCUGUCACAAGUGGAGAACCCGGACACUGCUCGCGCGUUGCACCUCAUCAACAAGCCGCCUGUGUGGAUCGAGUCGCUGGAGGCUUACUGCCUGGACUUCGGUGGCCGUGUCGCCGCAGCAUCCGUGAAGAACUUCCUGCUCUCUCACCCUGACGACAUGGACAAGACUCUUAUGCUGUUCGGCCGCACUCAGGACCGCCAGGUUUACUCGAUGGACUACGCCCACCCGUUCACACCGGUGCAGGCCUUCGCGAUUGCUCUGAGCAGCAUGGACUCUCACCUUGUGACCUUUGAUUAGACGGGAGUUGGUUGCGGUAUCGGUGCGCGCAGGCAUGCGGCGAGGCGAAGCGUGUAUUAAGUCUCCUGCGUGAAAAAUUUAGCGAUCGACUGCUGUUCUCGCGCGUCACCGACUUGCUGGAUUGGACCAUUCGACCCAAGCAUCUCUGUAACUAGCCCCACCCUGUAGAUCCACACAACGCCAACAGUUAUCGUAGCAAGUUCCAUUUUGGCUUUUCGAUGUAAAAUAAUAGCAAACGUGCUGCAUUUUUACUUU